AUGCCUCCAAAGAAGCCUGAGCCCAAGAAGGCUGAACCCAAGAAGGAAGAACCCAAACCAGCACCUAAACCAGCAGAACCAGAACCCAAGAAGGAAGUUGAAUUUAACCCAGCUUCUAUCAAAGUUGAAUUCACCCCUGAUCAGAUUGAAGAGUUUAAGGAAGCGUUCUCACUCUUCGACCGCACUCCUAAAUCUGAGAUGAAAAUCACCUACGCGCAGUGCGGGGACGUCUUGAGAGCUUUGGGGCAGAACCCAACCCAGGCUGAGGUCAUGAAAGUGCUUGGCAGACCCAAACCAGAAGAGAUGAACUCCAAGAUGAUUGACUUUGAGACCUUCCUGCCCAUGCUCCAGCAUAUUGCCAAGACAAAAGACACAGGCACCUACGAGGACUUUGUAGAGGGUCUGCGUGUGUUUGACAAGGAGGGAAACGGGACGGUGAUGGGGGCUGAGCUCCGCCACGUUUUAGCCACCCUGGGUGAGAGGUUGACUGAAGAGGAAGUUGAUAAGCUAAUGGCUGGCCAGGAAGAUGCCAAUGGCUGUAUCAACUAUGAAGCUUUUGUGAAACACAUCAUGGCAAACUGAACUUCAGGACAAGAUAAGAGCCCAGAAGCCCAGAUGCUGGCCUUGGAUUUCAGUGUAAUGGAAUGUCCUCACAUUUCUCAGCCCA